UAGCCUCGGUUGUAAGCCUUGGCAUGGUGGGUUUAGGCAGAAAUAGGACACAGCCUUGGCGACACUUGUCCCCACCACAAUUGUCCUCACCACAAUUUUUUUUUGUCACUCUUUAGCCACCGCGCAACGCACCUCCUUUCAAAUUGAGAACGCAUUAUCAUCUGGAAUACGCCUAGGGUCCACGCCUACUGCCCUUAACCAACCUGCGCUCCCCGAAAUGCCAUGGUCUGGUCUAGUCUAGACUGUCUCAUCCGCGGAGACACAUUUUUCUCUCGAGUGUUUUUACAAUUUGAGGCUACAGUCGUAUGUGAAAUUUGCAUUCAGCAGCGUAGUAGUUAAAGUGGUACUGAAUGCGUUGUUUUAUGUUCUGUGUGGUGCCCGCACUCCAGCAGACCGCUACAGUAGGAAGAUGGCGUCGGAGGGAGCGAGCGGGGAACAGCGUCCUCCGAUACAAACACUGGCAACAACAGUCCUUGGAAGUGUCGAAGCGAAAUGUGAGUUUAACAUGGAUAAUCUGAGCAAGCCGGAGCUCCUGACCCUGCUCAGCAUCAUGGAGGGGGAGCUGGAGGCCCGGGACCUGGUCAUAGAAGCCCUGAGGGCGCGGCGUAAGGAUGUGUUCCUGCAGGAGCGUUACGGACACUUCAGUCUGACCGACCCCUUCCUGGCCCUGCAGAGGGACUUUGACUGUGUCCCGGGGGGGGACAAAGAACGCCGACCAGUUGGCUCCAGCCCCAUCUCAGUCCUGGAGGCAGUCAUGGCGCACUGCAGGAAGAUGCAGGAGAGGAUGUCAGCACAGCUGGCUGCUGCCGAGAGCAGGCAGAAGAGGCUGGAGAUGGAGAAGCUACAGCUGCAUAGUCUGGAGCAGGAGCACCGUAAACUAACCGCCCAGCUAAAGGACGAGCGGGAGAAGAACAAGCACAUGGUUAUGAUGCUGGUGAGGGAGUGCAAGCAGCUGGCCACGCGCGUGGUGGAGGAGUCGCAGCGCUUCCACGAGAUUUCUGCCCGGCUGGAUGAGGAGAGCCGCUUGGCCGGGCGGCUGCAGGAGGAGUUGACAGCAGAGAGGCAGCGUGGACAGCAGAUGGAGGCCAAGAUGGAGAAGCAGCUGUCAGAGCUGGACACUGAACGCGAGCAGCUGCGUGCCAGGCUGGGCCGAGAGGAGACAGAGAGCCUGAGCCUGCGCCGGCAGGUAGAGCAGCUCAGGACUGAACGGGAUGGUAAGGACGUUAAAGACGGUAAGGAUGGUAAAGCCGGUAUCCCAGCCCAACCGGCUGCAGCUACUGCUGUGGAUCCCACCUCUACCACCAACCCCCCACCUCCCAAAAACACAGCAUCUAUUGCUGUGGCCACAGACCCAGUCAGCUCCCAGACAGCCUCCUGCCAAACGGACCUGCCCCCUCCAGAGGCCGAGGGGCAGAAGAAGACGAUCCCCCUCACCAUCCCUGUCAAACCCACUCCCACCAACUACGCAGGCCUUAGCCUGCCCAAGACGCCCAGCGCAGGCCGGGGGCUGGUCCACAGCAGCUCAGGAGGACUUCUUCAAACAGGGGAGAAUGGAGCCGAGGGCCAGACGCCCCAUGGUGGGUUAUACUCCCCUAACCCCACUUCAGCCCUGCCCAUGGGGGUGAGCCCUCGUGUCCAGGCUGCCCGCUACAAGUUCCAGGAGCAGGACCAAAAUGGCACAUCCUCCCAGAGCAGCCCGCCGACCCGUGACCUAUCCCCCACCAACCGAGACAACUUUGCCGCCAAGCAGCAAGCGCGACACACCGUCACGCAGGUCCUCUCACGCUUCACCAGCCCCCCAGCAGGUGGCCCCGGAGCCCUCCGUCCCGGCCUGCCUCACUCCACCUCAGAAGGGGGGCCCUUCCCUGGCCGCCUGGGCCACCCCAUUGGCCUCAAGUCCCCCACAGUGGCGAGGAUCGACCGGGGAAACCCGCCCCCCAUCCCGCCCAAAAAGCCGGGUCUCUCCCAGACCCCCUCCCCUCCCCACCCGCCCAUCAAAGUGGUGGGGGACAGCAACCGUUCCCCCGGGGCGGGGUUAAAACCCGGCACGCCCCAGCUGCCGCCCAAACCCGCCCUGGACCUGGUCCCAGCUUUGACGGCGUCUCAGGUGGGUGCCUGCCCCCCCGCAAGGGGGGUGAGGGGGCCUCACCAGGCCACGUGUGCAGAGUUCCCCCCCGCCAGCGCUGCCAUCACUGCUGGCGUCCCUCCAUAGUCCCCUCGCUAAACUGCGGUGGGCCCGUUGCCCUGGACGACGGGCGCCCCCCUGCACCUCCAAGCUGCUUCCCAGGAAAUGUCACUUUAUUGUCAAUGCUGCUUAACCGAGAUCCAACGGAUAAUAUUAGUCUCCUUGAAGACCACCCAACCUCUGCUUUGUUUUCUGCUGCUCAAAAUGGACGCUCAGACUGCGUUAACCUGCUGCUGACUUCGGGGGUGUCUACUGAUGUUUCUGAUUUAAACGCCUUUACACUUUGCCGCCUCACAUGGACACCACAGGUGUGUGGAGGCCCUAGUGUUCGGUGGGGCUGAUGUGGACCAAAGGGCCAUUGGGGGAAGACCCUUCUGUUCAUGGCCAGCAGAGCCGACAGGCUGGACUGUACCAGUGCCUUGGUCAACGACGUGGCCGACCGCUCAAGAGCCACCACCGACAGCUGCAAGGCUCUCCACGAGGCAUUCAGCUUGGGACAUGUAGACACUCUGCGGCUCCUCCUCUGCCACCCUGCCCCAGACUGUACCCACACCAUGACCCUAACCCUGACUGUACCCACACCAUGACCCUGACUGCAACCAUAGUCCUGGUCCUGCCACGAUCCCGGUCCUGUCUAGCACCUUGCUCAACCAGGAUAACUGUGAGGGCUGGACCACUGCACACAUCACUGCUGCCAGGGGCUUCAAGGCCUGUCAGAGUAGUGCCUUGAUGAGCUGGCCCUGGAAUCCCUCAUGCCUCUUCAGCUGCAUCCCUCAUGCCUCUUCAGAACUACAUCUUCCUGGGGACCUGUCAAGAGUACCUAGCCAAUCAGACUUCCCUCUGCAUCAAGAUGAAGCAGGAGUCUGUGGGUGUGGCCUGUGACAUCUGGGUGGAGGUGGACAGGGGUCUGACUAAAGAACAUAUGUUGGACACCUUCAUCAACUGUGGUAAAUAGUACUUCUAAAUGUUGUUAUAAAACUAGAGUUAUACUUGCCUCAUUCUGUUCAGUAAUCUUGGAUUAUGCUGCUCCAUAAGGUCAGUCACAGGAAGACACUGCUCCCUUAGGAACAGAUCUAGGAUCAUCAUCCGGACCAGAAAACACAAACUGACAAAACUAAGAUCCAUGAUUGUGGGUGACUUCAUUCUGUUAUUUCUGUAUCUGUGUUAGUCCAGGUGGCUGGCCCGGCUCUGGAACAUAGUGGAGGUCCUUCACGUGGAGUAGGCCAUCAUCUCCCGGCUCUGGAACAUAGUGGAGGUCCUUCACGUGGAGUAGACCAUCAUCUCCUGGCUCUGGAACAUAGUGGAGGUCCUUCAUGUGGAGUAGGCCAUCAUCUCCUGGCUCUGGAACAUAGUGGAGGUCCUUCACGUGGAGUAGGCCAUCAUCUCCCGGCUCUGGAACAUAGUGGAGGUCCUUCACGUGGAGUAGGCCAUCAUCUUCCGGCUCUGGAACAUAGUGGAGGUCCUUCACGUGGAGUAGGCCAUCAUCUCCCGGCUCUGGAACAUAGUGGAGGUGCUUCACGUGGAGUAGGCCAUCAUCUCCCGGCUCUGGAACAUAGUGGAGGUCCUUCACGUGGAGUAGGCCAUCAUCUCCCGGUUCUGGAACAUAGUGGUGGUCCUUCACGUGGAGUAGGCCAUCAUCUCCUGGCUCUGGAACAUAGUGGUGGUCCUUCACGUAGAGUAGGCCAUCAUCUCCCGGCUCUGGAACAUAGUGGAGGUCCUUCACGUGGAGUAGGCCAUCGUCUCCUGACACUGGGCAUCACCUAGCAAACACCACCUGAGCUCAGGCCAGCGAGCGGUGGUCAAGGCUUCUCUCAGUAUCUUGGUCAACAAAGCCGUCCUGCAGGGAUGUCCUCUGCCACGGCACGAGAUUAACAGGCACCUGUUGAAGUUCCGAGGUGGGACCUUCCCUCUCUCAACCAUUGGCUCCUGUAAAGGGGGCGGCGGCAGGAAGGGGUAGGACAGUAGCAUGUGGAGAUGAGCCAAUACCAGCCCACGAAAGAAGGGGAAACCCCGCCUCCAACUGGAGCUGUGGAGAUUCUCUCAGAGAAGGGUCAUUGUCCAGCGCUGAUGUCCUCUUCAUCACCAACAGCAAUACUCCGAGUGUUGUAGAUGGGGACCAUGUGAGUCUGUGUCUCUGUGUUCUUACAACAAGACUGAUCUGAUCAGGGAGUUACAGACCAUGUGCUCCAGCAAGUCAGAGCCAGACAUCAGCAAGAUUGCUUAGUCCAAGGAGGACUUCAUCGUCUUCUCUGGCUCUCCAAAUGGACAAUCACCCCGCCGCAGGACCGACCAUGAAGCAAACGCUCUACCACAGAUGACCGGCAGCCAUCACUCCAACCCCAUCCCUGCCUCCAACCCCAUCCCUGCCUCCAACCCCAUCCCUGCCUCCAACCCCUUCCCUGCCUCCAACCCCUUCCCUGCCUCCAACCCCAUCCCUGCCUCCAACCCCAUCCCUGCCUCCAACCCAAACCCUGCCUCCAACCCCUUCCCUGCCUCCAACCCCUUCCCUGCCUCCAACCCCAUCCCUGCCUCCAACCCCAUCCCUGCCUUAGGUAGCCUCUUGCAAGAGGCGAUCGAUGUCCUACCCAUAUCCCAGCUCCCUGUCUCCAGCAGCAGGGGACAGCAGCCACUAGCCUAGCAGCAGCAGCAGUGCCUCCGCACCACGAACACCCACUACGACCACUAACUGCAACGCGAACAGAACUGAACCAAGCAGCAGCAGCAAAACAAGGCAGGCCCCAACCAGACACAACAACAACGAAAACAACCAACAACACAAGGAAAUCUCGAUCCUACACCGAGACCUGCAUGAAAACAACAACCAUACCAAGUACUAGAUGAACUCCCUUUCUCCUCUUUUCCUCUUCCUUCCAUCCAUCCAUCCAUCCAUCCUUCCAUCCAUCCAUCCAUCCAUCCAUCCAUCCAUCCAUCCAUCCUUCCAUCCAUCCAUCCAUCCAUCCAUCCAUCCUUCCAUCCAUCCAUCCAUCCAUCCAUCCAUCCUUCCUUCCUUCCUUCCUUCCAUCCUUCCUUCCUUCCUUCCUUCCUUCCAUCCUUCCUUCCUUCCUUCCAUCCAUCCAUCCAUCCAUCCAUCCAUCCAUCCAUCCAUCCAUCCAUCCAUCCAUCCAUCCAUCCAUCCAUCCAUCCAUCCAUCCAUCCAUCCUUCCUUCCUUCCUUCCUUCCUUCCUUCCUUCCUUCCCACCACUCUGCUUUGAUCCCUCCAUGUUGUAAAUUUAGGGUUAAUGACGACCUUUUAGUAUUUGUACUUGUUAUCUGUACUUGUUACACUGUAUAACAAUUGUGUACUUGGGGACCAUAGUUUUAUGAUAUUAUACAGUAUUUAAGUAUUGAAAGAAGUUUAAAAAAAGAAAGAAAAGAAAUUAGCAGGGAAUUAUGUCAAAAGAAAAAAGUACUUAAAACAGGUUUGACCUUUUUGGGGUGAAAGAAUAGAAACAGGACAUUUUUAGCUAUUACGUAUUUUCAAAUAUUCAAGUGUUUUAUGUUUAAAUAGUUGCGAGGUUGGUUUAAAUACUGUUGAAAUGAAUAAAGGUUUUACCAAAUAUUUGUAAAUAAGAACGAUUAGUAAAAUGAAUGGUAUAUAAAUUGGUGUAUGUGGUAUUAAGCUUGUACAGUGAAGAAGUCAAAAUGAAAAGUGGAAGAAGAAAGACCUUGUAUAUAUGUCUGUAAUAAUAGGAGAAUUCCAAGUGAUUGGAAUGUUGCAAUAAGUAAAGAUAAUUGCAAACAUGGGACAUUUUCUUUCUUUUGACUAUGAACCAUAAAUAAAUACUUUAAACUACCCAGAAUUCCAUCCAUCGAUUCACCUUUGAACUCUAAGUGGAGCCCGAUAUAAAUUUCAAAGCAGCACGUUUUGUUAUUUUUUUAAAUUUCUUUAAAAAAAAGUUUUAUUCAUUUAUUUUGGGAGGGGGGAUGUGUUAUUUUGAAUGGCCAUUGUUGAUUUGUGUACAGGAUCUAUUUUAGUCAGUCUUUGAUGUUCUGUAUGAUAGCUGUCUGAAGUUUAAAGAAAUGUCCUGGUUCCUUUAAGCACAACCAUUAAAACUGCACUGUCAACCCCAA